AUGGCCGAGGACGCGGACAUGCGCAAUGAGCUGGAGGAGAUGCAGCGGAGAGCUGACCAGCUGGCCGAUGAGUCUCUGGAAAGCACCCGUCGUAUGCUUCAACUGGUUGAAGAGAGUAAAGAUGCUGGUAUCAGGACUUUGGUUAUGUUGGAUGAACAAGGAGAACAACUCGAUCGUGUCGAAGAAGGCAUGAACCAUAUCAACCAAGACAUGAAGGAGGCUGAGAAAAAUUUAAAAGAUUUAGGGAAAUGCUGUGGCCUUUUCAUAUGUCCUUGUAACAAGCUUAAAUCAAGUGAUGCUUACAAAAAAGCCUGGGGCAAUAAUCAGGAUGGAGUUGUGGCCAGCCAGCCUGCUCGCGUGGUUGAUGAACGGGAGCAGAUGGCCAUCAGUGGUGGCUUCAUCCGCAGGGUAACAAAUGAUGCCCGAGAAAAUGAAAUGGAUGAAAACCUGGAGCAGGUGAGCGGCAUCAUUGGAAACCUCCGUCAUAUGGCCCUGGAUAUGGGCAAUGAGAUUGAUACACAGAACCGCCAGAUCGACAGGAUCAUGGAGAAGGCUGAUUCCAACAAAACCAGAAUUGAUGAGGCCAACCAACGUGCAACAAAGAUGCUGGGGAGUGGUUAAAUGGCCCAUCUGUGUCUUCUUCCAAAUGCUGUUGGGCAAGAUAGCACCUUCAUGCUUUUCUCAUGGUAUUACCUAGUAGGUCUGCACACAUGCACACAUCAAC